AUGCUAAGGUACCCACAAGGUGCCUCUGCAGGACAGUAUCUCGGCUUCUUGAAUAAUACAAGCGAUGGUAACCCUAGCAACCAUGCUUUUGGUAUCGAGUUUGAUGUAUUCAAAGACGAAGAAUACAGCGAUAUCGACAACAAUCAUGUUGGUAUUGAUGUCAAUUCUCUUACUUCUCUGGCUUCUUACAAAGCCGGAUAUUGGAUUGGUGACGACACAAAGGAGGACAGUAACAACACUACUUGGUCUUUCAAGGAAGUAGAGCUGAACGAUGGAGCCAAUUACCAAGCAUGGAUUGAGUACUGGAACAACCAGCUGAGCAUUACAUUGGCUCCAGAAAACAUAAAAAAGCCAGGGAGACCUUUGAUUAAGGUUCCUCUUGAUCUCUCUGAUGUUUUCCUUGAUGAAAUGCACGUGGGGUUCACUGCAUCAACUGGAGUGAACGUUCAAAACCACAAUAUUUUGAGUUGGAGCUUCAGCAAUUGAAGCUAACAAUACUCAUUUUGUGGUUCUUAAGAAAAUACUUGUCAUGAAUUUGGGUUGGAAUAUCUGUAAUAAGUAAGCUGCCUUCAUGGAGCUACAUGUAUGUUGGUUAUUUUACACUAUAGAAUUCUAAUACUUUUUGGUUCAGAAUUUCAACUAGGUUCUUUAUGAUUCAUCGUAAUUUGGUAUUGAAAUUACUUGCAAAAAUCAAAAAUAUGAGUUACAUAUG